UUAUGUUGCUUCUCCAGCUGCGGGGUGCUGGAGGCCUAAGACUAGGGGCUGCUGCCCUGGCCUCCGUCUUCGGCCCGGAGCCAUUCCAAAUCUGCAAUUGUGCUAGAAGGCACUUGAGGUUCCCUGGAAUUCCCAACAGGUACUGUACCAGAGCCCUUAGUAGGAGCAGCAGGACUUUUGGGAAGAAUGAGACAGGCCAAGGUUCUGAAGCAGGCACUCCAAAAAGCAACAUGAAGACUGAUACACUACCCAACCAAAAAAGUUCCUCUCACUCUGAUGGAGGUUCUUCAGAAUCCCCAUAUCCUCCGCCUCCUAUAUUGCCACCCCCUACAAACUGCUGCAUGAGUGGCUGCCACAAUUGUGUAUGGAUUGAGUAUGCUGAGGAGCUCAUACAGCAUUACAAGGAUGGUGGGGCCAAAGCAUUGGCUGCUGUGGAUGAACAUAUCCAAAAUGAGAAUAUCAAGACCUUUAUCAAGAUGGAGAUCCAGUUCCGAAUGAGAGAAAAAGACUGAGGUGUAUCCCAGAGUGGAGAUGCUUUCCACCUGUCAUCUCUCCCGGAGCUGCAACUACCUCUAGUGGAUUUUGUUGUUCCCUUUUCAGGGGGCCUUCAGAGAAGAAAUGAAUGUGAAUAGGAUGGGUAUUAUAUUGACUGCCUGAAAAUAAAUACUUCCUUCCCUGA